CUUCCACCAUCACACAGAUUUCUUCAUUGAGAAUGCAAGCCAAAGAAAUACUAUUAAAUUAAAUUCUGGGGUGGGUUGAGAAAGGCGUGUGGACAAAAAUUGAAGAACAGAAGCAAUGCAAGAAAAUAAUCAUCAAAAAGGCUGAGUAAUGUGUAAUGAUGCAGACCAUGGCUGCCACUCACAGUGCACCUGCAUUUUCUUCUUCUUAUUACAUCCAUAGCUGCAAGAAGAUGCAGAAGCCUUCACCACCAUUGCCCCACGCCUGGACUGACCGUACACCUUCUUACAACUCCCUUGUCUUCCAGGCUGCAAGGCUUUUGGGUCCUCCAGCAAGAUUCGAAGCUUCAAAGCUGAAGGUGUUGUUCAUGGGAAAACAAGCUGGAACGCCUACCAAGAUUGUGCCAAGAACUUACACUCUCUCCCAUUGUGAUUUCACAGCUAAUUUAACGCUAACCAUUUCAGACAUCAUCCUGCGAGAUCAACUUAACGGCUGGUACAAUAAAGAUGAUGUCGUCGCCGAAUGGACACAAUUGAACGACAAAUUGAUCCUGAACGUCCAUUGCUAUGUGAGUGGUCCACAUUCUUUAUCAGACAUGGCUGCAGAGUUCAGAUAUCACAUAUUCUCCAAGGAAUUGCCGCUGGUUCUGGAGGCUCUGCUCUAUGGAGAUUCGGAUCUUUUCCGACAGCAUCAAGAACUGAUGGAUGCUUUGGUUAGAGUUUAUUUCCACUCCAGCUUCCAGAAAUACAACCGCGUCGAGUGCUGGGGGCCGUUGAGGGAUGCUGCUCGGGGAAAGGGAGUCGACAAGAUCAAUGGAUAUGUAGCUGCAAGCAAAGAAAGGCGUUCGACUCACAAAUCCCGGGCAAGGCAAAAGUCGAUCUUUCAAGCAGUUCUUACCUUCCUGCUGUGAUUCGGCAGACAGUUUAUAGUUCAGACAAGAUAUCCAACCUGAAAAACAAUAGAGCUUUGCAGGACUAUCUUCUUGGGCAAUGAAUGUUCAAUUUUUUCUUAAAAGAAAAGGAGCAAGCUGUGUAGAAAAACAGUAGUGUAGAAACAAGUAAUAUAGUAAUCUAACAAGCA